AUGUCGAAGCUUUGGCCCGCCGCUUGUUCGCUCCUUGUUUCGACUGCAGUCUUGGGACUGUUGAUGGCGGGCAACCGCAGAAUUCAUACCACGGAGCUCUUUCUCCGAUGGACUGGUUAUCGAUAUUUCGUGCCAGAGCAAUUUGUUAAUUCGCCGGUCCACGACACAAGAAGCUAUGAUGACAAGCCUGCUUUCGACGGCACGCACAAUAUGCGAAACUGGGGGGUCCCGCCAGACGGCGUGCUGGUUUCAAAAGACUGCGCCAUCCUACCAAGGAAGGAUUGUCUGCCGGCUGAGUCCGAGGGCUGGAGGCACGGGAAGAAAGCUCCUGCCAGCGUGGACGUGUUCUUGCGCAAGAGGAAUGUCAUAUGGAGACGACCAUACCUCAUGCCGAGCAGAGGAGAAGAGGAGGCAAGAAGAGUAUUUGCUAAGAGAGCGCCGCGGCCUCCUUUAGCUACCAUCCGUCAAGGGUGGAACUUCGGGCAGACCCCGCUGAGCGAGCCAGGGCUUGGGAGAAGCACCAUGGAGACAAUUCCCAUGUCAGUGAUGAAGCACUUCGCUCCUGUUAAGAUUCUCGGCCAGCCCCAACAGGCCGUGGUAGAGACUGCUCCUGUUUUCGUGUCUGUGGAGAGGCAUCAGAUUCCUCCUCUACAUUCUUCCUCCUCGGCUACUUCAGGCCAGCAGUCACAAGCUGUCGCCGACACCGCCCCGUCUCACGAGCAGGGGAAGCAGGAUUCGCCCGAGUACAAGAAUCCAUCUGCUGCCAUGAGGGCCCAACGCUCGACUUACCUGCCUCGUUUCGUGGAGGUUCCAGCGUCUCCUCUGCUCACUCGCGGGGUGAUGGAGCGUGUCUUGCUCCCCGAGCGUUCUGGGACUGCGACUUCUCAAGCUUCCUACCCGCUGAGGGUCCCUAUUGCAGCCCAGGCGCACCUGGCGAACUUCUUGCGGGAAGGUCCAGCCCUGCCUCAACAAAUUGAGAUCAAGUUGAACAGAAACUUCCUCCCUGAGAUGAAACGGUCCGCAAUCAAUCGCCUACUCGAGAAAUGGAAGAAGGAACACUCUCAGUCCUCCUCCUCCCCCUCCUCCUCCUCAACAUCCGGGGCUGACGACGAGGUGGUGAGAUCUGACGACGAGGUGGACUCAAUCUCGAAGGAGUCGAAGGACGUCGAGCACUUGGGGUUGUCUUUUGUCCGAGCAUUGCGAAGCUUCGUGGACCAGAGCUCUACGUCACGUGCGGACUCCAUCCUCCUCCACAUGGGGCAGAAGCGGAGAUCUGCAGCAGUGCCGCCAGGCACAAGGGAGGAGGCGGGUGUGGUAGGAAGCAAGUCGAGGAGGCGGUCAGAAACACACUCAACGAGAGCGAGGGGAGGACCGAAGGUCGAUCGCCCCUCAUACAGCAACUUGGUUGGGGAUCUCAAGAACGUAGAGGGAAUCUUGCAAACUGACUUGAAGAAAGUUCGAGCGCAGCUGCACAAGUCAUGA